AUGAUCAAAUCAGAGACCCAAUCCCUUGUGUUAAUCGAUUAUAUCCACAAUCCACAAGCGGAGGUUAAUAAUGGCUCAGCAUCUAAAUUGCCUGAGAGCUUAAAGAAAGAUGAUGUGAACCGAGCAUAUGUUGACACUGCUGCUCCUUUUGAAUCUGUAAAGGAGGCCAUAAGUAAAUUUGGAGGACUUAUUGAUUGGGAAGCUCAAACUCUAGAGGAGGUGCUUAAACUAAGUUCUCCUCGCUCAUCAUCAAGAACAUCAAAACUGUUGGAGAGUUUGAAGAAGGUCAAUAUCAACCAAGCAUAUAUUGACACUGCUGCACCUUUUGAAUCUGUUAAGGAUGCUAUAAGUAAGUUUGGAGGGACUGUUGAUUGGGAAGCUCAAACUGCUGUGACUAUAGAGAGGCACAAACAUGUCCAUCUUGAACUUGAGAAAGCACAAGAAGAGAUCAUGAAGUGUAAAGAACAAUAUGAAGCUGUAGAAUCUAUUAAGGAAGAUGUGACCAAGGAGCUGUCUUCUACGAAGAGACUUGUGGAAGAGCUAAAACAGAGCCUGGAGAAAGCACAACCUCGAGAGGCACAAGUAAAACAAGAUUCCGAACUUAUCGACGUAAGGUUGAAAGAAAUAGAGCAAAGAAUUGCUAAGUUUGCAAGUGUUGCGACCAAUACUGAUGGCGUCGAGAUCGACAGAGAAAGAAUCGCUGACUUUACAGCAGUAGUUGCAGAGUUGAGAUUAGUGAAGCAAGAGCUGGAAUCAAUGGAAAGUGAGCGCGUUGUGUUAGUUGAUGAAAGGAAUACUGCGUUAAGGAAAGCUACAGAUUUUGAUGUUGCAUCGAAGGAGAUCGAGAAAACCAUUGAGGACCUAAACCUGGAGCUCGUCGCGACCAAGGAGUCGAUUGAACUUGCCCAUUCUGCACAUCUCGAAGCAGAAGAACAAAGAGCAAGUGCAGCCGUGGCCUUGGAGCAGGAUAAAUUGAUCUGGCAAAAGGAACUGAAGCACGCCGAAGAUGAAGUAGAACAGCUCAAAGAGCAGCUCCUGUCGACAGAUGAUGUAAAGUCGAUGCUAAACAGAGCAUCUUCGUUGUUGUCCCGUCUAAAAGAUGAGCUAGCUUUGUACAUGAAAGCAAAACCAAAUCGAGAGGCAAAGAGCACUCAGGAACAUAAGCUGGUAGAUCACACAGGAGACGUAAAAGAGAGUAAUCCAUUGGCUUUGAAUCCAAAGGAACUUGAUGAAGCAAGGAGCAGAAUUGAGAAAGCUAACAAUGAAAUCAACUGUCUAAGAGUUGCAUCUUCUUCACUCAAAUCUGAACUGGAAAUGGAGCGAGCAUCCGUGUCGACUCUGAGGCAGAGGAAUGUCUUGGCAUCUGUGUUAGUCUCAUCUCUUGAAGAUGAACUCAACAGGACAAAAACCGAACUAGGGAAGGCAUUAGAACGAGCAGCCGAGGAAGCAGAUCGGGCUAAGGAAAGAGAAGAACAGGCCAAGGAUGAAGCCUGUACGAUGGAGAACGUAGCUAACUCCACACUCAAAGACUCAUCAAACCUCGUAACUCUUUCGAUCGAAGAGUACUUCAAGCUCAGAGAGACAGCUAAAGAGGCCGAGGAGAUCGCUAACAGUAGAGUGAUCUCCGCCAUUGCGCAAGUUAAUGCAGCAAAGGAUCUGGAACUAAGGAGCUUACAGGAACUGGAGGAAGUGAAGGACAUGAUCCAAGAAAGGAAGACCGCGCUCAGAACCGCAGAGGAGAAGGCUGAGAGGGCGACGGAGGGAAAGCUAGGAAUGGAGCAGGAGCUACGGACAUGGAGAGCUAAGCAAGAAGAGCAAAGGAAGGCAAGAGGUGCUGCAACGAGGUUGCCUGAACUUUCGAAUCUCGACACUGCUGUAGAAGCGAGGAGUUGUGUGGGGAAAGCAGACGCUGGUAUCGAUGAGAGUCCAUUAAUGGCGAAUCCCAAGCUGCAGAUGACACGAUCGAACACGACCAAUUCCAUCGGUGCCUCCAAACGAGGGAAGCGAUCGCUGUUCCGGCGGAUAGCAAUGCUCUUCACCGGGAAGAAGACUCAGCCAAUGGGGUGA